AUGGCAAGCCAAGAUCUUAGCUACCAGACCGGCGGUGCAGCAGCUGGUCAAGCUCAGCUUAAGAGGGACGAGCAGGUGUCCAAUGCUGCCCAAGCCGCCCAGGGAGGGGCAUCUGAAGCUGCACAGUCUACCCAAAGCUCCCUCCAAGAAGCCAAGGAGCAAGCAACCAACUUCCUUCAACAGACUGGGGAGCAAGUGAAGAACAUUGCACAAGGAGCUGCAGAGGCAGUGAAGAACACUCUGGGGAUGAACAAUAGCAAUGAGCCCAACAACCCAAGCUUGGACUCAAGCGCCCACCCUAGCAACCCCGGCGGCCCAGUAAGCCACUAA